AAGUUAGCAGAAGAGCUAGCCAUAACUGUACAGUGGGUGGACCCACUUGGCUACCUUCCAGCACAUGUGAAGAGGUCAACUAUGAGGUCACUCUUUUGUAAAAUGAGGUCACGCCUUUGAUGAGGCGAGAGAGAGGGAGGCCGUCUUCCUGAAACCCAAUCGCCGAGGGAGCAACUCCAGACAGCCACCCAGACACACACAAAGCCAUAGAAUCGGCCAUACAAAAGCAGCACACACACCUAGGUAUGCACGCGUGUGUGACUGAAUUAAGAGGCACUCUCGGUCAUGUGCGCGCACAGAAAGCCAUUCAUGGCCAGAAAACAAGGAUGGCAGUCCGAUCAGAGCCUCGAUUGUAUCACAAUGCAAACAAAAAAAGGCAGAGACAAUAAGGAUUGUUUGUGCACCAUUAUUGAUUGUCCGUGCCUUGUGUCAUUGUGUGUUCUGGUGUGUGUGUGUGUCCAUGUGUAUGUGUUCAAUGCUGUAGACCUCGCCUAUUGCAUUCUGAAAUGCAGGUGGGUCCCAAGGUAAAGGUUCAUCUCGGGUCGGAACUGCCAAUUCUAUCCUCUACUUGGUCCGGCUGGCCUUUAUAGUGCCUCAGCAUUGUGACAUCUGCUACCCAAGCGACCAUUUUUACAACCGCUUCUUCAUUCUGAAGGACUGACCGGCGAGGUCGUUACCGGCUCUAAACAGGCUGAAGGUCACGGAACUGGAGUACUGGAUGUAGGCAUCGCAUGUCUCUUAUUAACUGAAGAAACAGCAUUUAAAUCUGGUCCCAUGUUCCUGAAGAAGGUGUCUUGGCCCAGAAGACCCCGGAGUCCCAUCGUUGUACCGGAGGUGCCGUAUUUUCUGCUCCCGCCCCGCAAUGCCGCGGUCCGCCGGGGGGACAAAGCGACCUUCUACAUCAAGGUGCAGGGCAACCCGGAACCUUCCGUGAGGUUCUUCCAUGAUGGGGCGCCGGUGGACUCCGAGGCCCCCCCUUUCAGCCUCUGCCGCCUUGGGUGGGGCGUUCACGUGUUCAAUGUCGCCAACGCCAGCCGGACUGUGGCGGGUCGCUAUACAUGCGAGGUCACCAACUCCGCCGGCGGGGCCAAGAUCAGCUUCCGGCUGGAGCUGAAAGAUCACGUGAAUAAGCCUGUAGAAUGUUCUUUGAGGCGGUACCAUAGCUGGGGGGAGAGUCACCCCCGUUUUGUGACCAAGCCACGUAGCAUGACGGUAAAAGAGGGAGAAAGGGUGGAGUUCAAGGCUCGGAUCACUGGGAGGCCCCCUCCAUCCGUCAGCUGGCUGAAGGACUCUUUCAUCCUGCACAACAACUCUGAAGUCCACUCGUCCUUCUCUGCUGGCUUCCACCUCCUGGAGCUGGACAAGGUGCGUAUGGACGACCAAGGACUGUACACAUGCCGGUUGUCCAGCUUGGCCGGGGUUACCAGUGCUUCUGCUCAGUUGACCGUCACGGAUGGAUGUCCCUGUGUCAGCCCCAUCCUUAACUGUGCCAGACAGCAGAUCCAUGUCAAGGCCACCGCACCGGUCCAGGAGAGCCCUUCUGCAGAAAGGAUACUGGGGAAUGGCCCCAUUGUGGCGAAUUCCCCCUGUAAGAACCGCACACGUCCAGCCAAAAAGGUCGCAGAGGACUACCCAAGGCCUGGGAGGGAGCCAAAGCCCCCCCAGUUCACGGAGCCGCUGGAGGACUGCACGGUGGACGAGGGCCGCGAUAUGGUGCUGGGGGGGGUCGUCACGGGCAGUCAGCCAAUCAGCAUCUCCUGGCUGCACAACGGUGAGUCCACUCGCUUUGGGAUCCCCUCGUUCGACGGCUCCGUGGCGAAGCUGGUGGUGCGGGAAUGUCUGCCCGAGGACGCGGGGGCAUACACCUGCAUGGCUGAGAACAGGGUGGGCAAGACCUCCAGCAGCGCGGCAGUCUGUGUGCGAGAUUUUGAAACCAUCUGCGGGAUUCGCAAUAAGAAGUCAGGCACGUUGCCGGUCUUCAACUGCAUCCCGGGAAGCAGGAGCUGGAUCUCCCCCGUCGGCAUGGAGAACAGCGGCCUUCAAAGGGAGCAGAGGGCAGCGCAGAGCCUCCAUACCCAUAGUGCAGGGCGCCGGAAAGGGCUCCUUCCGAAGGCCAGAGCACGUCCACGAGCAGGGAAGACGGUGCAAUUCCAUAACCCCCCCAAGGAGCUGGAGGUCCAUGUAGGGGAGACAGCACACCUGUCUUGCAGGUUCCACAGUGACUUCCCAGUGGCUGUCUGCUGGACACACAACAGAGAGCAGGUGGUGAAUGGUCCUCGGGUUUGGGUGGAGAGCAAAGAUAAACAGAGUGUGCUGGUGGUCACGGAGGCUCAGUACAGCGACGUGGGAAAAUACACUAUCGUGGUCCAGGACCGGCAAGGCCCUGCCUAUCACACUGCCACCCUCACUGUCAUUGAUCGCCCUCAGCCGCCUGCCUGCUGCCCCGUCGUCUCCCAGCUCUCUGGCAGCUCCCUCGUGCUGUCUUGGUCAGGGCCAUGCUACGACGGCGGUAGUGCCAUCGUUGGGUACGUGGUGGAAGCGCGCAAGGAAGGCCCUGGGAAGCCCGGGGACUGGAGUGAGGUGACGAGCCGCUGUCGGAGCACAUCGUACCGGUUGCGCUCAGGUUUGGAGCCCGAGGGCGAGUACAGAUUCCGAGUGAGGGCCUACAACACUGUGGGGCUCAGCAGGCCCAGCCAGGAGACAGAGAUCAUCAAGAUGGAUGUGGAGGGUCAGCCUCUGGAGGCGCACAAGGCAGACGCAGAUAUCACCAUAGACAUGACUAAUAAGGUCACGGACCACUACAAUGUGAUGGAGAAGCUUGGCGUAGGAAAGUUUGGGCAGGUGUUCCGGCUGGUCCACAAGGAGACAGGCCAGGUAUGCGCCGGAAAGUUCUACAAGGGCCGCCGAGCGAAGGAGAGGGAGGCAGCACGCAGGGAGAUUGAGCUGAUGAAGAGUCUGCAGCACCCCAAGUUGGUGCAGUGCCUCGGGGCCUAUGAAGGUCCCUCAGAGGUCGUCAUGGUCAUGGAAUACGUGGCUGGAGGGGAGCUGUUCGCCCGCAUCGUGGACGACAAAUUCGAGCACACGGAGCCCGCCAGCAUGCUCUACAUGAGGCAGAUCCUGGAGGGCGUUGGGUACAUGCACCAGCAGAGCAUCGUGCAUCUGGACCUCAAGCCUGAGAACAUCGUAUGCGUCAACUCUACGGGGACGCUCGUCAAGAUCAUUGACUUCGGUUUGGCCAGCAAGUUGGAUCCCAACAAACCCCUGAAAGUAAUGCAUGGGACCCCUGAGUUCGUGGCUCCGGAAGUGAUCAACUUUGAGCCAGUAGGACUGACCACUGACAUGUGGAGUGUUGGAGUCAUCUGCUACCUUCUGCUUAGCGGGGAAUCCCCAUUCCAGGGGGAGAGUGACUUGGACACUCUGGCCAGGGUGACAGCAGCGCAGUUGAUGUUUAGCCCACAAAGCUUUGAGGAGAUCUCUGACCAGGCCAAAGACUUCAUCAAGGCCCUCCUCAGGAAGGACAGUCGACGCCGGCUGUCCUGUAGCAAGGCCUUAAGCCACCCCUGGAUGGCAGCGUCCGUGCCGACGAACCCACGCUACACCAAAACCCUCUCCAAGGAGAAGAUGAAGAAAUACUUGGCAAAGCAGAAGUGGAAGAAAACAGGGAAGGCUGUGUUGGCAGUGAGGAGGCUGGCUGUGCUCUCCAACAAGACAGACGGGCCGAGCUCCUUCCCCAGCCCUGGAGAUGACCCCAGCCUGUACCCCGAGAUGGAGCGGGUGCUGAAGUUCCUGGAGGAACAGCUGCAGUCUAAGCCCUGGUUCUCCCAGGUGUUGACGGACCAGACCCAGCACCGGGGUGCCACAGCUCGCCUCACCUGCCACAUCCAGGGGUACCCUGACCCGGAGGUGGUGUGGCUACAGGACGAGGAGCCGCUAGAGGAAUCUGCUCGAACCCUGAUCGAAUAUGAAGAGGAUGGCCGCUGCGCCCUGAUCCUGGGCCAGCUGGAGCCAGCGGACGCGGGACUCUAUACCUGCAAAGCCAGCAACAGCCAAGGGGAGGCGCUGUGCUCAGCCAGACUCUGGUUGGAGAGUUAGGUCGCCUGUCCUGCGUCUCUGUCCGGCUUGGAAAAUGUGCACAUUAGUUUGUAAAUUAGGCUCCAUGGCAGCACAGGAAUACAAACGUUUUUUACAA